AUGGGGAUUUGGGCCGGGACUGGGAGUGUGUUUUGUAUUCGGGAUUGGAUGGAUUGGACUCGGGUGUCGUCUGAUGUUAGGAGUUCUUGGUGGUUUUGGGCUGGGCCGGGUUUUGGGCCGGUGCAGGAGUCUCUGUGUUUUAUUUCUAGAAGAUUUUCUAUUGGUUUUGGUGAGGUUUCCAUGGAUAAGGACUCUUACCCAUUCACGGGCACUGCUGGUAAUUCGCUGUUCAAAAAUAGCUCAGCUGCACUCAUGAAAGAGAGGGUUUGGGUGAGUGCAGAGACAAGCAGUCGGGCUAGCAAAAGCUAG